CAAAGUCAUGUGCAUUGGUGGCUUCUGCUUGGCCCCACCCACAUCCACCCUCCAGGAUAUAGGUCUCCACUCUGACUGACUUCCCACCUCUGGUCGUUGCUGCCCAGGGAAGCUAAGAGUCACAGUCUCCAGACUUCACACAGUGCAGGCAGCCCCAGAGGCCUUGUGUUUGUCUGAGCAUGACAAGCAUAUAUGAAAACUUCCAUAACUCCAGGAGUGAGGAGAAAAACCAAGAGACUGAAAAAGCGCCUCCUCCUCCUCAGUUCUUCCUGUGCAGCGUCCUCUCCUGGACCCACCUGCUCCUGUUCUCUCUGGCCCUCAGCCUCCUGCUGCUGCUGGUUGUCUCCGUGAUUGGAUCCCAAAAUUACCAGUUAAGGAGGGACCUAGGUGCCCUGAGAGCCACUUUGGCCAACACCACCUCCAGCAUAAAGGCUGAAGUCCAGACCCUGACCUCCAGGGGUGACAGAUUGCAAGAAAAUAUCAGUUCCAUGAACAGGGAGGUGGAGGAUCACAGGAAAGAACUGCUGGCAGGCAGAAGCUUGAGCCAGAAGGUGGCUUCUCUGGAAAGCACAGUGGAGAAAAAGGAGCAGGCGUUAAAAACAGAUCUAUCUGAAAUAAGUGCGCGUGUCCAACAGCUGGGGAAGGACCUGAAUGUCCUGACGUGCCAGCUUGACCGCCUCAAAAACAACGGCUCGGAAUCGUACUGCUGCCCCCGUCACUGGACGGAGCAUGAAGGGAGCUGCUACUGGUUCUCUCAAUCUGAGAAGUCGUGGCCUGAAGCCGACAAGUCCUGCCAGCUGGAGAAUUCUCACCUGGUGGUGGUCAACUCCCUGGAGGAGCAGAAUUUUCUACAGAAUCACUUAGCCAAUGUGGUCACUUGGAUCGGCCUAACGGACCAAAACGGGCCCUGGAGAUGGGUGGAUGGAACUGAUUUUGAGAAAGGUUUUAAGUGAGUGUGUUUUCACAUCUGCUCUCAUGGCUUUUGCCUGGGCCACCUCUCUUUCCAAGGCUGUGGCCCUGGGGUAGAUGGUAGAAUGUGGGCAUGUGGCUUUGGGUCUGGUUUCCGGUGGCCCACAUCUGUGUUUGUUCAUAGGAACUGGGCCCCUGAACAGCCGGACAACUGGCAUGGACAUGGGCUGGGAGGAGGUGAGGACUGUGUCCACUUCAACUCAGACGGUCGCUGGAAUGACAAUGCCUGCCAGAGGCGUUUCCGCUGGGUCUGCGAGAUAUCGCCGGCUAAGGCUGGCUAGGUGGCCGCGCCACGUAAUUUAUGUCUUUG